AUGAUCAAUGAAGAAAUUUCAAACUUUGCUGAGUACUACUUUCCAGCAGAAGUUCAGACCAAAAACAGAAGACCUGCACGGCAUGAUGAUAGAGGCGAACGGGCAACAUACCAUGUUACGGUUCCUGACAUUUUCACAGAUGUUGGACGACUUAGCGGAAAAUCAAAGGACCGUCGACUUACUGAGCAGGAGCGCAGUCAUUUGCAAACAUAUUUGCUCACCAACUGCGAAGAUGUUCUUCAAUAUGAGAGGAUUUUCAUGGCAGAAAAGCGGUUCGAAUAUAGAUACGCUACAGAGGCAGAACUAGAAGAAAUGAAGCAAAAAGAAUUUGAUGGAUGGAUGUUUACUUAUAUCGAGGUGUGA